AUGCAGCACCAGGAACCAGCUGAGGGAUUAGUGCUUGAUGUUCCCCUUGUGGCUGAGGAACACAUAAGAGAAACUCAAAUGGAUCAUCAGACUUUAUUUCCUGAGACUGAGGAAUGUUUUUUGCCAGGUUCGGAAAGCGAUAUCCAACAUGAAACUUCUCAAAUGCCUACCAAGGAACCAUCUCAGGAGCAUUGUGAGCCACAACCUGACAUUAAGCACUUUCCGAUCAUGGAUCCCAUGGACCAGAUCGGAGAUCCAGGAAGCUCAUAUCAGUCUCUGCUCUUUGCUUUGGACCAAAGGUCAAAAGUUUCUCCUGAUUUGAUGUCUGAAGAAGCAGGAUGUGGUUUAGAAUCGAAGCUUGAAAGGGAACCAGUAGCAUUCCAGACACCUCCUGAGUCGCCCUGUGAGUAUUUCUCAGUCGAUGGUUUCAUCAAAAUGAAUGAUUCCAUUGAAGAGCUAUUUCCAGCUUCUGUGGAACUUAGCCAUGCUGCAGGUUCAAGAGCAACCAUGGAGGUGGGUGAGAAGGUGGAAACGGAGAUGCCAGAGUUGUGUGAAAUCUCAAAAAAGUCUCCUGUAAUGAUUCUGUGUGGUUCUUUCUCCAAACUGACCAUCAGGGGAAGCCCUCCUAAUCUUCAUCUUGACAGCACAACCUCAGAGAAUAUCGAGAGAGAAGCAGUGAGUGCUGGUGAUUCAGAAGCCUCCACUACACAUUCCACAGAGAUAGAGAUGGAGGAGACCAAAGAGGAGGUCAUGAAGUUGGAACCAGAGUUUGUCGAGAAGUGUGAGAGAUCAGAACCUUCUCAGAUAUCGGCUGAGGGACCACCAUGUAAUUCUGUAUUUAAAAUAGAGAACCUUGAAGGAACAGCAGUGAUUGAACAUGACCAACCUCCUGAAUAUUCUGAUGUUCAGGAGAAGUUGCUGAAGGUGCCUUCACAGCUCGGUGAGAACCCAGAAAUUGCAUCACUGCCUUGUGAACCGUUAUCUCCAUCCAUUUCAGUUUCUAAGAACAUCACCGAGCUGCAUUCUGAGGUCAUUAACCAAACAUUUGGAGACCUACAGCCUGAACUUGUGACAUCUACAGAGACAGUUGUAGAAACACCUCAUAUCCCUCAUUUGGAAGUUAACAAGUUUAAGGAAGAUACCAUAGAACAAUUUGAGGGCAUGACCUCUGAGGAGAGCAUUAGUGGAACUCCUGAUGUCCCUCAUGAGCUCAUUGCAUCAUCUGGGGAGACAACUGUGGAAACAUCUCCUGACCCUCUUCCUGAGGCUAAAACGUCAGAGAAAAGCACUCAAGACCAACAACCCAAGAUCUCUGAGGAUAGCAGUCGUGAGACAUCUCUUGACCUCCCUCAUGAUCUCAUCACAUCCUCAGUAGACACAAGUGGAAAAGCGUCUCAUGUUCCUCAUCCUGAUAUAAACAGACAUGAAGAAAGCAACCAUUUCAAGCAUCUUGAUGAAAGCAGAAAUGACCUUCAUGACCUCAAGCAUGAGGUCACAUCUUUCCAAGAAAGCAUUAGAGGAACUCCUGAGUUCAAUCAUGAUCUCAUCACAACUUCUGAGGAGGCAAUCGGAGAAACAUCUUGUGAGGGUAACAGAUCUCAGGAAAAUGUUCUAGACAAACAAGCUGAGUCCAUGAGCUGUGAGACGAGAAAAAAUGAAACAUCUCAAGAUCCCAAUUUUGAGGUCACAACCUCAGAGUGUGACCUUGAAGGCCCAAAUUAUGAGCUGAUAACAUGUGGAGAAAUGGCUCUUGAAGAGCAACUUGAGGUCACAUCCUGUGAGGAGAGCAUCGGACAAACACCUCAUCACACCCAGUGUGAAGAGAAAGCCUGUGAGGAGAACCUCAGGACCACACUGGACUUCAUGAGCACUGAGGUGGAACGCUGUCUAGCUGAAGCUCCAGUUCACACGGAGACUACGAGUCUGGAUGCUCCGGUUUCAGGUGAUGAUUCAGGUUUGGAUCUAGAGAACGUUCCCACUCCUGGAUUAGUUCAGAUCUCAGAUCUCGACCAGCCAGUGGAUUUGGAUAGUGGUAAUGGAUUAGAUAUGGAUGUCUGCUCUUCUGUGGAAGUGAAUAGUGGAUUAAUCCAGGAUGUACCACCUUUGGAGAAUGUUAUUUGUGAAAGUGGAGCCCUGGAUGAGGAGAAACAUCAGGCGAAAAAGGAGGAAGAGGUCGAGGAACCAAAAGAGGAGCAAAUAGCAGGUGAUGUGGAACAAUCCGGAGUCGAGACAAAGCGCACCCCCCAGAGUGAUCAGAUCCACAGAGAGGAGGAGGAGGAAGUGUUGUAUUCUAUAAGUUCAGAAUAUCUGAAGCAGGACUGCAGUAAAGAAAACAAACAAACAGAUGUUACAGAUGUUGCAGUUGCAAGUGUGUGUCGGUCCGUAUCUGCCACCUCACUGCCCGGGUCCGAGUCCGUCAGUGAUGGAGACUCGCUGUUGGGCCAAGACACGACUGAUGACACUGUCUUCAAGCAGAGUGAAGACACGCUCACCCUCACCAGUGGAAUUUCCAUGACUGGAUCCAUUUCUACAGAUGACUCCUCCAUCACACACACUGCAGGAGAAACUGAGGAAGAGGAGAAGAAAGAUCGACUGAUGGAGGUUUUGGAGCGUUCCUCUGUUCUUCGCUCUACCAGCCGCUCUCUCUCUCCAUCACGUAGACACAGUUGGGGACCGAGCAAGAAUCAGAUCGGAGAGAUGAACAUGGGCCAGCGCAGUGUGCUGCAGGUUGAGGGUGGAGGAAAGCCAGCAGGUCACAGGAGAAGUAUGAGCUGGUGUCCAUCACAUGUUCCUCAUCCUGAGAUGGAAGAGAUGAAUUCCAGAAGUUACAGUCUGGAAGGUUUAGCUGCUAAUGAUGAGGUGAAGAUGCCGAGCAUAAGACCGUCUACACACUUAUCCAUGACUGAGAGAGAGGAGAGAGGAUCCCUCGCUUCUCUCACUGAGGAGGAGAAUGAGAGCAACAUGGGGGAUAACGGCAGUUUAGAUAACCAGAGAACGGUUCAGGACGCUGGCGUGUUUGUUCCUCCUCAUCAAACACUCACCAAAUCCAUAUCCAUGUCAGCGAUCAGCCCAAAAGACCUGGAUGCGAUUGGACGAGCUCGGCCCAAGCGGCGAAUCAGCUUCUCCUUCAGCGUGUCGCCCCGCCUCCCCAAACCUAAACCUCUAUUCGCUUUCGGCUCUUCAUCCAGUGAUGAAGAGGAAGCAGGAAAUGUGCCUGUGUCAAGUGCCGCUGCAGGAUCUCAGGAGUUCAGUAUAUCAGAGGAGGACCCCGCCCCACUGAGGAGUGAUUCUGAGGUCAAAGUAACGAAAGUGAGCCGCACCUUCAGCUACCUCAAGAACAAGAUGAGCAAAAAGAGCAAGGAUAAAGAUCGGGAGAAGAUUAAAGAUGUUAAAGAGAAGAAAAUCUUUAAUGGUCACCUGUUCAACUCCUCCCUGACUCCGCCCCUAAGCCCCUGCUUACAGUGCAACCGACCAAUCAGCAUGAAGGAUGCUCUCACCUGCACAAACUGUAACGUCCACAUCCACAAAUCCUGCAGAGACGCGCUGCCCCUGUGUGCUAAAGCUAACAUCAAGCAGCAGACGGUCACGGACUCGGCUCUGCCCCCCGGCAUUCUCUCACGUGGAAAAUCUGCGUCAGCGCGAGAACGUCCUUGGUCCACUUUCUUGCUUCCUGAUGACCAGGUGUCUCUUCCGGCUCCUCUUCCUCCCCGGAAAAAUUCCUCCAUCAUGUCGUUUAACAGCGGCUCUCUGUCCAAAAGCAUCUCCAUCAGCAACAUUGCUGGGCAGUUGGAUGAGGCUCCUCUGAAAGCAUUAAAGAUUCUCUCUCAGUCCACCGACUCGCUCAAUAAGCUGGGGAAAGUGAACGAGUCCACAGAGUCUCUGACUGAUGAAGGUACAGAGCUGAUGGACAGUCACCUAAUGGUGGAGUUCGAGGCAGAGGUGAAGGAGCUGGAAGCAGAUUCCUGGAGCUUCACUAUGGACAAGAAAUACCUGAAACAGCUGAAAAAAGACAUAAUCAAGAGGCAGGACGUCAUCUAUGAGUUGAUCCAGACGGAGAUGCACCAUGUGAGGACUCUGCGUAUCAUGUCUGAGGUGUACAGUAAGGGUCUGCAGAAGGAGGUGCAGGUGGAUGUGGAGACGUUGGAGAAGAUGUUCCCUGUGUUGGAAGAGCUGAUGGAGCUUCACACACACUUCCUUACACACUUGCUGGAGAGACGGAGGGAGUCGCGUGAGGAGGAGACGGCGAGAGAUGGAGGCUUUGUCAUCCGCCGGAUCGGAGACGUGCUGCUGGAUCAGGUGACAGGCUCCAACGCUGAAAAGAUAAAGAAAGUUUAUGGGAAGUUCUGCAGUCGCCACAACGAGGCUGUAAAUGUCUACAAAGAUCUGCACACACGCGACAAACGCUUUCAGGCUUUUAUCAAGAAAAAGAUGAGUAGUGCGGUGGUGAGGAGGUUGAGUAUUCCUGAGUGUAUCCUGUUAGUCACACAGCGCAUCACCAAAUACCCCGUCCUGCUCCAGAGACUCCUGCAGCACACCCGUGAGCCGGAUGAGGAGCAGGCGGAUGUAGCCGAGGCUCUGCGGCAGGUGAAGGAGGUGCUGACGGGCGUGGACUCGAAAGUAAAUGAAUAUGAGAAGAGGAGGAGACUGAAGGAGGUCUACAGCCGUACAGACAGCAAGUCCAUCAUGAGGUUGAAGAGUGGACAGAUGUUUGCCAAAGAGGAUCUGAUCAGGGGGCGAAAACUUUUGCACGAUGGACCGCUGCAGGUCAAAAACGCUGCCGGACGACUGAAAGAUGUACAGGCUUUGCUGCUUUCCGACGUGUUUGUGUUCCUGCAGGAAAAAGAUCAGAAAUAUGUUUUCGCCUCACUGGAUCAGCGCAGCACAGUGAUCUCGCUGCAGAAGCUGAUCGUGAGGGAGGUGGCGAACGAGGAACGUGGGCUGUUCUUCAUCACGGCGGGGAUCGAGAAGCCUGAGAUGGUGGAGGUUCAUGCCAGCACCAAAGACGAGAGGAACACGUGGAUGCAGCUUAUCCAGAGCGCCGCUAGCACCUCCAUUGAUAAAGAAGAUGAUGAAGGAAUCCCAAGUGAAAACGAGGAGGACAAGAGACUGCAGGAGAACAAAGCUAAAGAGAUGAGAGACCAGCUGCAGAAGAAGGACGAGCAGAUUGUGACUCUGUUGGAAGAAAAAGUGCGUCUGUUCCGUGAGUUGUGCGACUGCGCAAAUCAGGACGAAACGUCUCUACGUAGCAGCAUGAUGUUCAGGGCGACAAAUGAUGAUGUCAUCAAGGGAGAGCCAAUCAUCAAAGACGCUCUGAAGGAAGUUGAGACGUUACAGGAGCUAGUAAACAGCACUGUUGCAGGACAGCAGGUGUGUGUGGGACAGGAGGACUCGAGUGUGUGUGCAGGGUCCGUGAGUUUACCACGCAGAGCCGAGACGUUCGGGGGCUUCGACUGCCACCAGAUGAACAUCUCAAAGAAUGGAGAACGUGAGGAAGCAGAUGAUCUGCGGAGAACCGAAUCAGACAGUGUUCUGAAGAAGGGGGGCACUGCAAACCUGCUGCUCUUACACAAGAGGAACAGUGAGCAGGUUCUCCAGAGCGUCACUCAUCUUCACGACCUGCUCAACACCUUACAGGCUGUGGUGGUUCAGCAGGACACAUUCAUCGAGGAGCAGCGCCAGGCUCUGAUCUCGUCGUCCCACCGUCACCCCUCUGUCUCAUCCUUGUCCUCCGUCUCGUCUUUAUCGUCGUCUUCGUCUCGGCCGAGCUCUCUGAUGGAGCAGGAGAAGCAACGUCAGGAGGAGAAGGUCCGAGAGGAGGACAGGAGACGGAGAGAGGAGGAAGAUAGGAAGAGGAAAGAAGAGGAGGAGGAGAGGAGGAGACGGGAGGAGGAGCUUGCACUGAGACAGGAGAGACUCCAGGCCAUGGAGGACGAGACGCAGAGGAGACGAGAGCAGCUUCAGCAGGAGCAGCAGGAGCUUAGCAACCAGAAGGAGGAGUACCAAAAAGACCUGCUGAAGCUCCGAGAUGACCAGAGGAGACUGGAGAAAGAGAGAGAGCAGCUACACAUACAAACACAGCAAUACAAAGCAGAGCAGGACUCGGUGGAUCAGAGACCGCGUACCUCCUCCACUGCCUCAGAAGACUCGCUGAAGUUCCUGAGCUCCACAGAGGCAGCUGAAGGCGUGGAGGUUUUCUCUCGCGCAGACUCCAAGCGCAAAGCCAAGAACCUGAACCCGUUCUCCUCCACGUCCGCCCACAAGAGCGGCGCCACCGAGCCACAGCCACCAAAACCCACCUGCCUGCUGCAGCUAACCAAACCCAGAGACAAGAAGGAGAAGAAGAAGAAGAAAGGAAAAGGAGGACAGCAGAGUCAGGCCACAGAACCCCUCGGUGCAGCAGCUCCCAAACCUUCAGCGGAAAAAGACGUUUAUUUCUGCUGACCUCAAUAUUUCAUUUCUUUUACACCCAUGUAUGCACUUUAUACACACACACACACACACACACACACACACACACACACACGUACUUAUGCACCUGGGUGUGUGUGUGUGUGUCUCAGUGUUCAUAACACCACUGUGGGCACUUUGUUUAUUUGUUGUUUUCUUUCUUUAUUUACACUUUUGGGGAUAAAAACAGGAGAUUUUUGAGCAGGAAAUUCGGCUGGAAAGUUCCGAAGAUUUCUGCCAAAACAAACUAAACAAAUCACGAAGAAACUUCCAAUCACAUGGUGUCAUUUGCCCCUUUUUUAUUUAUUAUUAUGUUUUAAAGCUUUUUUUAAAUUUUUGUUUAUUAUAAUUAUUGUUCUGAUUGUUGCUCCUGACGGCAGGAUGAAUUCAGCUUUAUUCAUCAUUUGGUCCAAAAACACCAUCUGAUUAUAUUAUUUGGAGAAAAUUGAAAAAUAUCCUGGUAAAAAAAAUAAAAUACACAAAAAGUCACCCUGUGAGAUCAGUCCAUCUCCAGAUACUGUCACUGAUAACAUGCACUGCAGUUACAGUAAAAAAAUACAACAAAAAUCUGUAAUAAAUUCCAUCAUUUAUAUUGAAUUUUUUUGUAAACUUACACCAAUUAAUUCACAGCUUUAAUCCAGUGACAUGUACAGAAUUGUGUCAUGUGACGUUUAAUAUUUUCUAGAAACCUGUAUAAAGAAAGACUGUUUAUUUA